GAGAGAGGCUGAUUCUAGAGGAGGGAUCUGAGCAGAUAUGGCAACUUACCAGAAGCUUGACAUGGUGAUAGAGACGGUAGGGGAUGACGAUGCACAAACUACCAAUGCUAGAGGUACCUCUAAAGCUGCUUCAGUCACAAGGGAAGUCAGAAAGAGGGACUUCUCUUUUAAAGACUAUUCUAAGAAUCGUCAAAUAUCUCCUCAAGCUGCAAAGUUUGGAAACAGUUUAAUAAUUCCAGGAGUGUCAAAAGAAGAGAAGUCAUUUGCUGUACGGCAGCAAGCAGGACUGUGUGUUGAGCUCUUCAGGUCGAUAUUGUCUAACUUCAGAUCUUCGGAACCUCUGCAGUUUAUUUUAACAUUGCUGGUGGAUAUCACUGAGGAUCAUGACACUACAGCACUGUUGGUGAAAAAACAUAAUGGUCAUGAGCUGACUCCAUUGUUAGUUGCUAUUCUUGGUAGACAUGAUUUAUUUUGCCAGAGUCAGGCUUGUUUGUGUAUAACUCGUAUAAUUGCUUUCUCUCCUGACCCAAUGGAGGGAGAUCAACUCACACAGCUUAUCAGUUGGAUCACAUCACAACUAAAAGCAGGCAAUGAGUAUUUGGAGUGCAUUACUAAAGCUCUAAUGUCAUUCCUAAGAAGACAGGUGUACCGGGUGCCAUUUUUUGAAGCUCAUGGCAUUAAGCCUAUUCUUGAUCUACUGGAUCAUCGCAUUAAUUUCCAAUUGCAAUACGAGUUGAUAUUUAGUCUGUGGAUGCUCUCGUUUGAGGAGUACAUUGUCUCAAGAAUGAAAGAGUUUCCUGUAGCUAUUGUUUUGAGUGAUGUUCUAAAAACCUCAAGUCGUCCAAAAGUACAGAGAAUUAUACUAGCCACUUUCAGGAAUCUAAUUGAGAAAUCUGAUCCUGAAACAGCUGAUAAAUAUGCAGCCGAGAUGAUUCAUUUCAAGGCAGUUCAGGUAUUGACUAUACUGGAGGGGAGGUCACUGGAUGAUGAUGAUUUUGAAGACGACGUUAAAUUUUUGCAGGAGAAAUUAAAGAUCUCACUACAGGAUCUGAGUUCAUUUGAUGAGUAUUCCACUGAAGUUGAGUCUCGCAGGUUGGAAUGGAGCCCAGUUCACAAGUCGGACAAAUUUUGGAGAGAGAAUGUCAUGAAGCUCAAUGAUAAUAACUAUCACUUACUAAGAUGUUUGAUUGGCAUUUUGAAGGAGUCGUCGAAUCCAACUGCUAUGGCUGUUGCUUCACAUGACCUGGGAGAAUAUGUCCGUUAUUAUCCUCGUGGAAAAAAUGUCAUUGAUAAAUUGGGUGCAAAGGAGUUAGUCAUGGGUCUGGUCAAUCAUGGCAACACUGAGGUUAGGAUGCAGGCACUGCUAUCCAUACAGAAAAUGAUGGUCCAGAAUUGGGAGUAUUUAGGAAAGCAAUUAGCAGCUACAUCAUAAAGAGAGACAGUUAUUAGAUACUGUAUUAUAAAUAAUUAAUAUCUAGUCGUUUCAUAUUUUCUAGCAAGAUGUGUGUGUGUGUUGUCCAAUCUAUGGUGUUAUUAUUAUUACAAUCGAA